CGGUGCAUUGGGUAUCUUAUAACUAACAAACUCUUUAGUGGAAGCGGGUGCGUUUUAGUGUUUUUGAUCAUUUGCGAUCUAACCUUCCGGCUUUAAUUUGAUUUCGAAAAUGGCUUGAUCUCCCACAAACGAACUUAAUAAACUUACCUGAUUUUACAGAGGUCUAGAAAUCCCUCGGGUAAAAACUGAGCAACUAAUAGCAAUCAUUAACUUCAACUUUUGUGUGACGAAGAUUCAACACCAAACAGAUCAAGGAUGAGUAUCCAGUCCACCAUCAACAGAGACAUCUUUGUCCCCCUUGAUCAGAAGUUGUUGGUUGCCAUUGAGGUCAAAAGGAGGAAUAAAAGAAGACUUCCAUUUCUAUCUGCAGCUCGGAAAUAUACCACGUUCAUCUGCUUGUCAGCAACCAACAAGCUCCCUGCUCAGCUCUUCAUCACCAAGGUGAAGCAGUUUGAGGGCUCCCCCCGCCUCACCAAGACGUCCCAUUGGACGAUAGAGCAACUCCGUCAGGUGGAUGGCAUCAAUCCCAACAAAGAUUGCCCAGAGUUCGACCUGGCCUUUGACCGCUCCUUUGACCAGUGGGCGGCCGGAUCUGACGCGGAGAAGUGCAUGUUCAUCCAGAUCCUCUACCAGGCCUGUCAGAACUACUGGAUGUGCAAGGAUGGCCAGACCAACCCAGGCGCGGUCAAAGACCCCCAGAAACCUGGCGUGGUAGAGGCCCGCAAGGGACCCAUCGUCCCUCGGACAAAAUUUGUCAACUGCCAGUCCAAACUGAUGGAGGAUGCCUGCUCAAUGAACAUGGUCAUUUACCGCUGCAAGAUCUUCCUGAACCGAAUGAAAAGUGCCAUGCAGCCCCCUCCUAAACGUCGCCCUGCUGGUCAAGGAAAGUCAGUUGGGGUCAAAUCCAGGACACCAUCCCCAGCCCGCCCGCCACGGGGCAGCAUGAAAAAAGCCGUCCGCAGGGCUAGUCAGGCGCUGGGCGAGCGAGGGGAUCGCUUGUGGCGCGCCGAGGACAAAAGCGCCCACAUGAGGGACAGUGCCAAGCGCUUUUCAGACACGGCGCACAAGUUGGCUCUGAAGUAUAGCUGCUGACAGUGAGAAUAUUGGCGAAGGGCACCCCAUUACACAUGCAGGCCAUUGCGUGUGAAUAUAAUUCCUAUUUGUAAUAUCACUAAUGUUCAUUUGUAUGAGAGGCUGUACUCUCUACUACUCUGUAUUUUAUUAAUUUAUUUAUUGAGCGUGGCAGUCAACAGGCCGUGCAUGAACUGCUCCUCUUUGUGUCACUUGAAUCAGUGCAUCAGCACACAGAACUGUCCCCUGUGGGCAGUACAGACGACAAAGAGUGGCACCAUCACCCCCCCAGCUGAGAGCAUGACUUCCCCUCAGCUGGCCAGGGCUGGAGGAAGAGCCCAUGAUUCACUGUGGAACCACAGCGCGGCCUGGGUGACACUAGAUGGCGCCAGUGAGCCACAAGGCUCUUACUGUCUCUCGAGUGUUUACCCAGUGGGUCUGUUGCUGACUGAAGUCAUGAGGACUUUUUAAUGAUCUUUUUAAAGGGGAAUUCCAACGGUUAUUAGACAAGCCAGUUAAUGUUUGGCUGUGAAAAAGUAUGCUACGGUCUAAAUGACCCAGAGGUCUUUUGUUCUCUCUGGAUUGAUGCACACUUGAUUGUUCCAAACAUAAAUGGGAUUGACCGCAUAUUAUUCAUGGAGAGCACCGUAUUGAUAUAAUAUCAGAGGUCAUGCAUGGAAUACUUUCCCAUUCAAGGCAUGUUUUACGGAAUCGGUCUUUGUGCUAUAAAUUGAUUACUUGAAACAGGUACUGGAACACAUUACAUUAGUUUUGUGUGGUUAUCGGAUAGCUGUCGUCGUUCUAUUUGUGGUUUGUGUGACUUUUAGGGUGGAGAGCAAUCUCUUGUGGUAAAAGGGUUGAACUGAUGUGAGUUCUGAAGCCUAGUAUAGUCUUUGGGUGACUUGGACAUAAGAUAGCACAGGGGUGUCGAGGACGGCAGUGAAGCCAGUUUUCCUUCUUUCAAGGAAUUUCUUCCAUUUUGAACCAACUCAUUUCUGCCAAUGUAGGACUGACCAUGUGAAUAUGGAGGCUUGGAAACUUUGCUUAUCUCUCUAACAAUUGUUGUGUGUAUGAGCAUGUUGGCCUGAGUAAUGUAUUACUUAUUCACAAAGCCCCAUUGAGCUUCUACUUUCCUAUAUAGGGUGUCUAAUGCAUUUUUAGAAAGAGCUGAUUUUUCUUUUAAUUUUUAUUUUUUAUAUAUAUAUGUCUACAGUAAGCCUUGUUAAGGAGCUUAUGUGUCGCUGGUGAAUCAUGCUCAUUGUGUUGUAGUAUUAUAAUCACACUGUCAUGCUUUGACAAGGCCUUUUAAAACUUUUUUUUUUUUUCAAAUGUAUUCUAUAACAUCUGUUGAUAUGAUGUCAAUGGUCUGUGACGUGAUUACUACCUUUGGCUUUUAGAUGUUGGUCCCAUUUCAGAGGAGCGAGUGGUUGUCCCUUAGGUCGUUUGGGUUUGCGGUCUUUGUAUGAGUCUGUACGUGACACAAAGUAAGGGUAAACCCAGGUGGUGAAAUGUGCGCGUAGGAAUUGUGAGAUGAUGUCAAAACAUGUUUGCGGUUCUUGUCGCUUCAGUGUAUUUCACCUACUAGCACUACGCAUAUGUUUGUCCCUCGUGCAAAUGUCAGUCCACUGUGUUUGUGUGUGUGUUCAGUGAUUUGUUUGACAGAGAGCAUCCAGCUGUGUCUGGUGGCUUAUCCUCUUCCAUAGGGUUAAAGAGAAGCCUGCGUAUGCUCUCUGCAACAAACCAUUCCCUGAAUAAAUAUAUAAAGCUCUAUCUAUUUUUUUUUUUAUUAUUAUUACUAUUUUGCUGUACAGUUUAUUUUCAUGUUUAUUUUUCACACGUUCUUUGUCACUUUGACAUCUAAAGCCCACUGUAUUGUAAUGCACUCCAAUUAUGUUCACCGAUGUGUUUUGAUUGACAGUGGAAGCGACCAAUUACGGCUAAUAAGCCAGAGGCUGUUUUCGAUGGUUAAUUAGACAUGCUGGUGAGAGUCGAGCCGUGCACAGUGAACCUUUUGACCUUCCCUCUCCCUGUCUGGACUCAUUAGAAGUUUGCCCUCCAUUUUGUGUUUCAUGUGGUUUGUUGUGUGUGUGUGUGUACUACGAAAGCUGUUAACACUCCUCUAUCUUACGGUAAAAUAAAUUACUGGGACCUA